CCAAGGUCUCCCUCUAUUACCGUCACCCCUAGCACAGGUGCCUCAGCUUGCUGCCGGGGUGCCCAGCCCCGGAGGGAGCAUGCCCACGUGUUGGCCGGGUUCCCACCGGAGGAGACCGAGCCGCCGGGACUCCUGGAUCCCACCUUAGCUCAAUGGGAUCUCUACGGGGUUCCUGGGACGCCGUUCCUCUGGUUUUCUGUUGAUCCUGGUCGUCCGGAAGCGGAGCGUGACUCCUCCCCCUCGUCUCCUCGGUCCCCGCCAGGCGGCGCCGUUUACUCUCUCCGAUUUUCCGUGUGGCUCUUACCUAGUGUCACCCUAGGAAUGUUGAGAUAGUCAUUGAACUGACAGAGAACACUCUACCUACCAUUUGGAAUAGUCAUCCUUCUAGACUGUGGUUUGACAGCAUGCUUGUAUAUAUAUGCACAGGUUGCUGUGCUCACGUCCAGAGCCUGAAUCAGUAGGUGUAGCGUGGGCUCCAGGUUGAGAUCCAGAGUUUCAGCAUCUCUCCCUCAGAUGGUAUAACUUGUAGAAACAGCUGGCUAUGAGUUGUUUACAUCCUGAAGUUUUCAUAGCAGUAAGUGGUUGUUAUUGGGCAUUAUUUUGAGGCCCAAAAUGUCCAAUCUUUUUUUUGCACCGCAAAAUUUUCCUCUUCUCUACCAGGAUGCAGAAGGUCCCCGUGCUCCUCUUCUUAGCCUGGGUCUGUUUUCUUUUCUACGCUGGCAUUGCGCUCUUCACCAGUGGCUUCCUUCUCACGCGUUUGGAGCUCACCAACCAAAGCAGCUGCCAAGAGCUCCCAGGCCCUGGUUCCCUGCCAGGGGGGAGCCAAGGAAAGCCUGGAGCCUGCUGGAUGCCUUCUCGGUUCUCCAGGCUUGUGUUGGUGCUGAUAGAUGCUCUGCGAUUUGACUUUGCCCAGCCCCAGCGCUCACAUGUACCUGGGGAACCUCCUGCCUCCGUGCCUUUUCUGGGAAAAUUAGGCUCUUUGCAGAGGAUCCUAGAGAUUCAACCCCACCACGCCCGGCUAUACCGAUCUCAGGUGGAUCCCCCCACGACCACCAUGCAGCGUCUCAAGGCUCUCACCACCGGCUCACUGCCUACCUUUAUUGAUGCUGGCAGUAACUUUGCCAGCCAUGCUAUAGUGGAAGAUAAUCUCAUUAAGCAGCUCACCAAUGCAGGUAGGCGUAUAGUUUUCAUGGGAGAUGAUACCUGGAAGGACCUUUUCCCUGGAGCGUUUUCCCAAGCUUUCUUCUUCUCGUCCUUCAAUGUCAGAGACCUCCACACAGUGGACAAUGGCAUCCUGGAACAUCUCUACCCUACCAUGGACAGUGGCUCAUGGGACGUGCUGAUUGCCCACUUCCUGGGUGUGGAUCAUUGUGGUCACAAGCAUGGGCCUCACCACCCUGAAAUGGCCAAGAAACUUAGCCAGAUGGACCAGGUGAUCCAGGGACUCCUGGAACGUCUGGAGAAUGACACACUGCUGGUGGUAGCUGGGGACCAUGGGAUGACCGUGAAUGGGGACCAUGGAGGGGACAGUGAGCUGGAGGUCUCCGCUGCACUGUUCCUGUACAGCCGCACAGCCCUCUUCCCUAGUGCCCCUCCAGAGGAGCCAGAGGUCAUUCCACAAGUCAGCCUUGUGCCCACACUGGCCCUGCUGCUAGGCCUGCCCAUCCCGUUUGGGAACAUCGGGGAAGUGAUGGCUGAGCUGUUCUCAGGUGGCGGUGACUCCCAUCCUCACGCCUCUGCUCUAGCCCAGGCCUCAGCUCUGCACAUCAAUGCCCAGCAGGUGUUCCGAUUUCUUCACACUUACUCAGCUGCUACUCAGGAUCUGCAGGUUCAAGAGCUUCAUCAGCUGCAGAAGCUCUUCUCCAAGGCCUCUGCUAGCUACCAGCAGCUCCUGCAGCAGCCCCAGGAGGCCGAGGCAUCAUCCCUGAAGACCUUGACUGCCGAGUUGCAGCAGUUCCUGCGGGGAGCUCGCGCCCUGUGCAUCCAGUCUUGGGCCCGUUUCUCUCUGGUCCGAAUGGCAGGGGGUGCCGCUCUGUUGGCCGCCGCCUGCUUUCUCUGCCUGCUUGCAUCCCAGCUGGCAGUAUCCCCAGGCUUUCUCUUCCGCCCGCUGCUGCUAAUACCUGUAGCCUGGGGCCUCACUGGGGCCAUACUAUAUGCCGGACUCUUGCUAACUACCGGGUCAAAGGUGGAUUCGGUGGUUCUAGGAGCUGUAGCCGCAGCCGGUUCUCUCCUCCCUUUUCUGUGGAAAGUUUGGGUUAGCUGGGGGUCCCACAGGCCCCUGGCGCCCCUGCUUCCUGUCCCUACACCUGUCCUGUUACUCCUGCUCCUCCGCGUGGCCACCUUCUUCUCCGAUAGUUUUGUUGUUGCCGAGGCCAGGGCCGCUCCCUUCCUCUUGGGCUCUCUCAUCCUGUUCCUGGUUGCCCAUCUUCACUGGGAGGGCCAGCUGCUCCCACCUAAACUGCUUACGCUCUCCCGCCCGGCCUCUUCGGCCCCAACAGGCCCCCCGCGGCACAGUGGCACCUACGCCCUGAGGCUUGGAAUGGGCUUGCUUCUAUGUACAAGGCUAGCCGGGCUUUUUCACCGCUGCCCCGAAGAGACGCCUGCUUGCCACUCCUCCCCCUGGCUGGGUCCUCUGGCAUCUGUGGUGGGCGGUCGGGCCAAGAACCUGUGGUACGGAGCUUGUGUGGGGGCACUGGUGGCUCUGUUGGUGGUCGUGCGCCUGUGGCUUCGCCGCUACGGUAAUCUCAAGAGUCCCGAGCCGUCCGUGCUCUUUGUGCGCUGGGGGUUGCCUCUCAUGGCGCUGGGCACGGCCGCCUACUGGGCAUUGGCAUCGGGGGCAGAUGACGCGCCACCACGUCUCCGGGCCCUGGUUGCCGGGGCGUCAGCUGUGCUGCCCCGGGCCGUGGUGGGGCUGGCUGCCUCGGGGCUCGCGCUGCUGCUCUGGAGACCCGUGACGGUGCUGGUGAAGGCUGGGGCCGGGGCUUCAAGGACCAGGGCUAUCCUCACUCCCUUCUCAGGUCCCCCCACCUCUCAGGCUGACCUCGAUUACGUGGUCCCCCAAAUCUACCGCCACAUGCAGGAAGAGUUCCAGGGCCGGCUAGAGAGGACCAGAGCUCAGGGUCCCGUGACUGUGGCUGCAUAUCAGUUGGGGAGUGUCUACUCAGCCGCCAUGGUCACGGCCCUCAUCCUCUUGGCCUUCCCGCUUCUGCUGUUGCACGCGGAGCGAGUCAGCCUCGUGUUCCUGCUCCUGUUCCUGCAGAGCUUCCUUCUCCUGCAUCUGCUUGCUGCUGGGACCUCAGUCACCACCGCUGGUCCUUUUACUGUGCUCUGGCAGGCAGUCUCAGCGUGGGCCCUUUUGGCCACCCAGACCUUCUACUCCACUGGCCACCAGCCUGUCUUUUCAGCCAUCCACUGGCAGGCAGCCUUCGUGGGAUUCCCAGAAGGUCAUGGCUCUUCUACUUGGCUACCUGCUUUGCUAGUGGGAGCUAACACCUUUGCCUCCCACAUCCUCUUUGCAGUAGGUUGCCCCCUGCUCCUGCUCUGGCCCUUCCUAUGUGAGAGUCAAGGGCCAAGGAAGAGGCAGCAGCUUCCAGGGAGUGAAGCUGAGGCCAGAGUCAGGCCUGAGGAGGAGAGAGAGGAGCCACUGAUGGAGAUGCGCCUCCGAGAUGCUCCGCAUCACUUCAAUGCAGCCCUGUUGCAGCUGGGCCUCAAGUACCUCUUUGUCCUUGGAGUUCAGAUUCUAGCCUGUGCCUUGGCCGCGUCCAUCCUCCGAAGGCAUCUCAUGGUCUGGAAGGUGUUUGCCCCAAAGUUCAUAUUUGAAGCCGUAGGUUUCAUUGUGAGCAGCGUGGGACUUCUCCUGGGCAUAGCUUUGGUGAUGCGAGUGGAUGGUGCCGUGAGUUCCUGGUUCCGAAGACUGGUUCUGGCUCAGCAGAGGUAGCCCAGGCUCCGCAUGUUGGCACCUGGCCAUGGAGAGAGCUGGAGAAUCAUCUGGCCUGACCUAUACUAGUGCUGGAUAUUCUGCAAGAGAGACUCAGACACACCUCUUACCACCGUGUCACCGGAGGCUGCUGACCAGGACUCCAUCGUUUUAUAAUUGAGAAUCACCAUGGAGCCCGAGCCCUAGCUCCUUCUUUGGAUGCACCUGAUGGACUACAGGGGUGGUCACCAAAGUGGAAUAAAAUAGCAAUGUAAA